AUGUCUUCACAGCUUAACACAAACAAUCCUGCUAUUCGUAGGAUUCUGAGUGAAUUGAAGAAACUGCAAGCGGACCCGUCCGACGAUUUUGAAGCUCACCCGGUCGAGGAGAACUUGUUCGACUGGCACUUUGUGCUGCGAGGACCUUCCGACACUCCGUUCGCUGGAGGGCUCUACCAUGGCAGGAUCAUCCUACCGUCGCAGUACCCCCACAAGCCUCCAGAGUUCAUGUUCCUGUGCCCUCAGGGGAGGUUCGAGGUCGGCAAGAAGAUCUGCCUCAGCAUCUCCCAGCACCACCCCGAGCUAUGGCAGCCUGGUUGGGAUAUCCGUACAGCCCUCACUGCCAUCCAGAGCUUCAUGCCGACUCCGGGGAACGGAGCCAUCGCGGCUCUCGACUACAGCGACGAGGAGAGGAGGUGA